AUGAAGGUGUUGUGGUUGCUGCCAGGAAAACAAUUAGCAGAUGGAUUGAGGGUUAUUACUUGUGACGCAGACACAAAUGCUAUGUGUUCAGUGGUGCACAAGGUGAAGACUUUGGUUGUGUACUUUGACCCUGAUGACACUUUUGGAGGUGUUGAUUGGGAUGAUGUGGUGGUGAACCCGGUUUCAGAGCUUCCCAAAGUCAUCAGCCCUAUGAAGGUGCAGGUCAAUGCCAGUGGUAGUGAGGAGGACAGUGAAGAUCCAGACUAUUUUAUGGAUAGUGACAAUGAUGUAGAAGAAGGAGAUGAUGACCUAUUUGACAAUAUUAUAGAUGAUGAAGGGGAUCAGUUAGCAAAGAUGAUGAAGGCAAAGAAGGCAAGAGGCAACAGGCUAAAGGGACAGAGAGUGGUUGUAACAGUUGAUGACACAGAUGACUUAUCGAGUGAAGAUGAUCAAGUUGGGAUGGUAUUUGAUUCAGUGGAAAUGGUUAGAGCUGCAAUUAAUGAGUAUAGCAUGAAAAACAGGGUGGACAUCAAGAUGCCAAGGAAUGACCAGAAGAGGAUCAGGGCACACUGUGCUGAAGGUGGCCCCUGGAACCUUUAUGUUUCUUAUGACAGUAGGAAGGAAUGGGUCCUUAAAAGGUGCACUUCAAAUUGGUUGGCAGAAAAGUAUUUAGAGUCUUUCCGGGCUAAUGACAAGAUGACCCUUGCCAGCUUUGCAAAAACAGUUCAGAAGGACUGGAACCUAACUCCUUCAAGGUCUAAAUUAGCUAGCGCUAGAAAGUUAGCAAUGCAGAAGAUCUAUGGGGAUGAGAGUGAGCAGUACAACCAGUUGUGGGACUAUGGACAGGAGAUCAGAAGAAGCAAUCCAGGGAGUUCAUUCUUCUUGAAUAUGGAGCUCAAUCACUUCUCCACACUGUACAUGUCACUAGAUGCUUGUAAAAGGGGCUAUCUUAGUGGAUGUAGACCACUGAUCUGUUUGGAUGGCUGCCAUAUCAAAACCAAGUUUGGGGGACAGAUACUAACAACAGUAGGGAUAGAUGGUAAUGACUGCAUAUUUCCUAUUGCAAUUGCUGUUGUGGAGGGACUAAUUCCAGCAGUUGAAGAAACAUUUCCCGAGUCUGAACAUAGAUUUUGUGUCAGACAUCUGUAUGCAAACUUCAAGGAUGCUGGUUUCAAAGGAGAAAUUUUGAAGAACCAGCUAUGGACAUGUGCAAGGGCUAGUACAGUGCAGAAGUGGGAACAUCACAUGGAGAAGAUGAAAGGACUAAGUCUACAUGCCUACAAAUGGUUGGACAGGAUGGCACCAAACACAUGGGUGAGGGCUUACUUUUCUGAAUUUCCUAAGAUUGACUUGUUAUUGAACAAUAGUUGUGAAGUCUUCAACAGUUACAUUUUAGAGGCUAGGGAACUGCCAAUUCUUAGCAUGCUAGAAAAGAUCAAGCAACAGUUGAUGACUAGGUUCUACAAUAAGCAAAUGGAAAUGGUUGAUAAGUUUGUUGGACCCAUAUGCCCAAAGAUUAGGAAGAAGGUGUCUAAGAAUGCAGAGCUUGCCAACUUGUGCUAUGCAAUGUCAUCUGGACAGGGCAUAUUCCAAGUGAUUGAGAGAGAUUUUCAGUACAUUGUCAACAUUGGGACAAAGGUCUGUGAAUGCAGAAAGUGGAACUUGACAGGAAUUCCAUGUCAACAUGCCAUUUCAUGCUUAAGGCAUGAGAGGAUUCCAGUUGAGAGUGUUGUCCAUGAGUGCUACUCUCUUGAAGCAUUCAACAGGGCUUAUGGAAGCAACAUCAUUCCAUGCAGAGAUGGCACACUUUGGGAAAAGGUCAAUGGUCCUACAGUCCUUCCACCUAAGUAUGAGAAAAAGGUAGGGAGGCCACCUAGGUGUAGGAGGAAGGAGCCACAAGAAGUACAAGGGAAAAAUGGACCAUCAAUCUCCAAGCAUGGAGUGGUCAUCAAGUGCAGCUACUGUAAAGGAGAAAACCAUAAUGUCAGAGGCUGUUUUCUAAAAAAGGCAGGGAUCAAUCCAGAGGAUUAUGUCACAGAUGACCCACUGCAAGCAGAAGGAAACCAGAACCAACCCAAUCUUGAUGUUGCUGACACAUCAAUGGAGGAACAAAUCCCUAUUUCUCAGAUGGUUAGCCAGGAUGCUCCACAACCUUCACAGGUUUUCACAGAAACAGCUGCAACAACGUAUGAGCACCUAACACAGGCUGGUGAUCAUUCCUACUCCAAUCUGCUGUCCAACCUGAGUUCUACAAUGCUCCUUCAAAUGAUGGAAGAGGGUUCACAGGCCAUUCCAUCCAGUCAUGGAGGUCCCUCCCAGAUUCAUUCUUUAUCAGCUCCAACAGGCCAAUGGCAAGACCAUUGCCUCUAA